UGUAGGUAGAUAAACUGUAUCUAUAGGGCGGGAUCCUCUCAUACAAGGGUUGAGAAGAAACACACUGGCAGGACAAGGGGCGAGCUGACAUGGAGAACAGAACAGGACUUAAACAGAGCAAGCUUGGUCGUUAUUUACGUUAAAAGAUGGCCAGUUCCACUCCAGACUUUGUGCACCGUGCCAGGAUGCCAUCGGUCGAUUCUGUGCUGGGCACGUGCAGAGCAGACGACAUUGCUAAACGAGAUCAACAUACCGUCAGACGACAUGCUUAUUCAGACCCGGAGGUGCGUUUACCCAUGGGGAAGAAAAAAAGCGAUGAGGGGACUAACUUCCGGUCUAUCGUUAGUCAUUUGCUGCGCAGGCGCAGUACACAUGUAUCAGCCCUUUCAAAUGAAGAGGCGGACAACUCUGGAGCACUCAGAAAGGUGAUGGAGAGACUAUAUCUUCAUGGAGAGACAACGUCAAACAAAACGACGGAGCCUCGACGCCGCCUUUCUUUUGCUGACGUCAUCUACACGCAGACGACACAUCAGCGCGUGCUGGAGAAAAGACGUGCAAGACUGACACAGAUGAAGAAAACAAAUAGCAAGAGAUUGCUGCGCCGGAAGUUCCAGCGAGUCGCCAAGAUGACCAUUUUCUGUAUACGAGAGUGCCACGACCAUUGUUUAAGGAACAACGACGACGAUGAGUUAUCUCCCUUUCUCAAGCCUCUCAACUUCCGGGACUACCCUGCAAUGGCGGGAGUAGAACUUAUGUUUGACCCGUCAAGGUUCAAGGCAAAUAAACAGACGAGAAUAUCAGACGACAUCAAACGCAUCCUGAGUAAACCUCAUUCCGACAGAACGGACCAAGAGCUGUACACGGCUCAAAUAGCAAUGCGGGAUAUCAAGUGUUUUCAAGAAUACCCAGCCCGGAUGCAGCGCCUCCUAGCUGAAGUUGGCAAUUACGAAAGGUUUGAGGCGAGACGAGUGCUGGUUCGUCAAGGUCAUCCUGCGUCAUCCUUCUACUUCAUCCUGUCAGGAACAGUGGUUGUCAUGGUGAUGGAUUGUGACCGGAAGUACGCUCGACCCGUGGCCUAUUUGUACAAGGGACAGACAUUUGGGGAACUUGCGAUUAUCAACAGGACGUCUCGUCAGUCUACCGUACUCGCCAAGGAGAGUUCCGAGUUCCUCACGAUCUCCGUGGAGGACUACCACCGAAUCUUCAUGGCGGGGGGCGUCAAGUGUCUCACAGACCCAGACCACGAGGACUUCAUCAGACAUCUGAGGUUCCUGGAGGGCUGGCCGUUAGGGAGACUCCUGGAACACCCUUCCAAGUGCCUCUUCCUCUACUUCAAACGUGGAGACGUACUGGUCAAGGACAGCAACUACUCCGACUGGCUUAUUGUGGUCAAAUCAGGGUCUUUAUCGGUGUUAAAGAAACUCAGACGGGUAGAGGCAUACGAAUGGAGACGAAAACACGGGUCGCUGUAUCUGUCCGAGAAGCAAAAACAGGAACGAGAGUUCAAGCUGCAGCAGUGGCGGAAGUCGAUCCUGCACGAGCUCCACGUGCCGCUACGUCAGUCAGUAGAUAACGAAACAGAUGACCAUGACAACGGGACGCCACGGGAACUUCGUUCUUCGACCUCGGUAGAGGCGCUUGAUAUAAACACUUCCACGUUUUUUGACUCGAAGGUUUGGCAAUUUGGGAAGCCUAGAUACGGGAAAGGGGCCGGGUUUUCAAUAAUCCAUUUACCGAAUAUCAAAUCGGAGAAGCUACUCGGAAGUGUUAACACAAACUGCGAAGAAAGUGAAAGACAGCGGCUUCGGCGCAUGCGGAUGAGAAACAACUUCUGCAGACCACGGAGUCUCAAUAUCCCAGAUGAAAAUAGUGUGACGUCAUCAAGUGGCAAGCGGGUUUUUGAUGAUGUCACGAACCCUCGCCGACAGAGCGUCGUUGAGAGAGAACGCGAGAUGAUGGGAUUCGCCCAGCACGUGCGGACAAUCAGCGAGGACCUAGAUGCUGGCAUCAAACGGAAGGAUCCUGCUGACGUCACCCCAGCUGAUCUCAAUCCUGAAUUCGUGAAAGUUCAAACUGUGACGAAAGGCCAAGUGUUUGGCUUGGCGGACCUACUCCUGGGACAACAGACAAGUUUCUGUGUGGUCAGCAAUGGCGCCGAUUGUCUGCUUAUCAACAAACAACUCUACAUGGAUCACGUGACUGAUGAUCUCGCGCGGAAAACGAGUCAACAGCUGUGUCCCUAUCCAAGCGAAGAAACCCUGCAGAGGAGUCUUCAGACCAGCGUGGACUGGAGUGCCUACAGGGAGGUAACUCUCGCCAACACACUCAAACUCGUUAAGGAGAGAAAAACAGGCAGCGUGGCAUGAGAUCACAAGGUCGAAUCCCAAAUGCACGUCCACAUCGGUUGCUUGUAGUUUAUCUUUGAUGUACAAAGUGAAAACGUGUCGUGGUAAAGUUGACUGAUAUCAAUACUUAGUGAGUGAGUGAGUGAGUAUGGUUUUACGCCGCUUUUAGCAAUAUUCCAGCAAUAUCACGGCGGGGGACACCAGAAAUGGGCUUCACACAUUGUACCCAUGUCGGGAAUCGAACCCGGGUCUUCGGCGGGACGAGCGAACGCUUUAACCACUAGGCUACCCGACCGCCCCGAUAUCAAUACUUAAGUCAAAUAAUAUCCGAUCACUGUAUAUUAGUAAAUAGUUCCUUAGAAUCCGGAGUAAGUUUUUUCAAUCCCUUCACGCAAAGUGGACUGGAUAAUUCUUGCUCCUCUAAAAGAACGCCUUCCAGAUUAACACGAUUCCAGGUAAAAGAACCAUGCGUUGUCAAUGACUACAUAAUAAAUGUACAGUGAUUCCGUGGCAUUUGAUUGGUUUUACCAUUCAAUCUUGUUUGCGUUUCCAUAAAACCGAAAAACAGGCCACGCCCGCUAACGGACUAACGGACUAAUCUUUGACUGGUUGAUAAAGGAAUGGGCGGGGCUUGUGGUAAUUGCGCUGAACAACGUCACUGAUUUUUGUGUGUUGAUGAUUAAAUUAGUAGUCUGUGAUGUCUUCACCGCUGACGUAUGUAUACUCAACUACAAAAGAAACGCACAUGCCGGAUAAGUGUGAAGGGUUAUAUCUUGGAAACUACAUGUAUAUGAGCUGGAAAGAUAUUAUUUGUAGGUGAUUAAAGCUAAAAUAUUGCAUUUAACAAAUCUAUUAGUAACGACCAAAAUUGAUCAUGCUAAAGUAAUAAACAUUAAUUUUGCGUUUCUUUGAGUAAUGCGUUUCUUUAGCAGUUGGGUAUAUUUGUAAGAAUUGACUUCAAUAUGUUUAUGGAAUUAUAAACGUAAAAGCCGGCAUUUACACUUUGCGUAAAUACCUCCAAGAAUGCAGAAGACGUGUUGAAGUCGGUUCCUAAACAUCGCCUUCUCUACCAGUAGUCUAGUGGUUAAAACGUUCGCUCGUCACGGAAACAUCCUGGUUCGAUUUCCCAUAUUGGUAAUAUAUGUCAAGCCCAUUUCUCCCGCCAUUGAUGGAAUGAUUACAUAAAUACCGUCCCUACUGAGAUGGUUCGAAGUUCGGAUUAACAAGGUCCUGUCUGACGAGGUUCCACUCAUAUACAAGUCAUAAAGGUUGAACCAGGAGGUGUAUAUCCCUAAAUGAGUAUCUCUGUAUUUAUACUAUGUAUUUGCAUUGCCUUCAAAUGUGUGCAGGUCGAUAUGCAACAAUACAAGUAGAGAUUGCAUCGAAGUCAAGUGAUACGUGGUGAGCCGUGUAACGUCAGCGAGUGCAACACUGCCACUGUUACAUUAAUCAGUAUUUCUGUGUAUGCCUCGUUUCAUACCGCUGAAAAGCGCUCAUUCGUCACCACUCGCCCCUUUCCGUGACCUGCAAGAAGGCAUGUCCCGGAAUAACACGAGUUGGUCACGAAUGAUAAGCGCUACGUCGAAUGUAACUCAGAUACUUUAACAGAGACUGACGAGAGCCGUAGCGCUAAGCUCUGGUGCCCUGGUGCUCUGGUGCUCUGGUGCUCUGAUGCCCUGGUGCCCUGGUGCCCUGGUGCCCUGGUGCAACUAAUAUUCCUGCAAUCACACGGCCCGAAAUAUGGCCACACUUUAUAUUUUAUGGUUUGGGUUUUCUUUGCUAACCCAUUAGUUUGGAUCGGUCGAAAUGAAGUAAUAAUUGUGAUGUAGGAUCUUUACUAGUUAUACAUUAACAUUGCAUAUAAUUACGUUUGUUGGUGAAGGCUGUUUGCAGUGAUAAGAGACUGUCUAUAAUGUAAAUUAAAAUAUAUUGAUAAAUUAUUGUUUUAGAAGUUAGUUAUUGUUUGAUUUUGUAAUUUAUUAAUUUCUCUUAUCCAUUAAAGACGGUAUAACAAUUAAAA